AUGAAAAAUUGUACGAUGAUACAAUUUCUAUAUCAAUCAAUAGCUUUCAGUAAACUUGUAAUAUUAAAGGCUACAAAAUAUCGUAAAUAUGAUCCUUCAGGUAUAUAUAUAAAAGUUGCACAAGGUUCUAAAUCAAUUACACAAUAUUUUUCAACUACAGAAAAUAAAGAAAGUACAGAUAGUGAAAAUAAAGAUAAAUCAGAAACUUCAAAUAUAGAUUCUAAUGUAAAUGCUAUUAUUUUAAAUGCAAAUCCUAGUGAAAAUAUUAAUGAUAUAGAUAGAAAUACAAAUAUUAAUGAUUUGAAUAUAGAUUUUAAUUCGAAUUCUGAUGAAGAUAAUGAUAACAAUCUUGAUAUUGAAAAUAAUAUUGAAAAGCUCAAAAAGCUUGAACAUAUUUUAGGUAAAAUACAAGCAAGUGAAUAUGCUACAGAAGAAGUUUAUAAUAAAAGUUCUUAUUAA